UGGAUCGGCAGGCGCCUUAUCACUGUCAAAGUUGUAGCCGACGGCGCUCUGCGCGCGACGCCACAUCGAUUUUUCCCCACAAACAAGCCAUUUUCAACCAUCAGUGACAUUGUAAACACGUUUCCCACAACUAGUUGCGCCCUAUACGACACGAGACGAUGUUAUCGGUGCAUUGGUAAUGUUUUUUAAAUCAAUGAUGCGACAAUUUUCGCCCCCAAAAGAAUAAUGGCCGCUGAAAAUAAAGUUGAAAGUGAAGCGGACGAGAUGCCAACCGCUAACGCCGCGGCCGCGGACCCUAGCGCGGAGCAGAAGGAGCGUCUCAUCGCCGCUGUCAAAAAAGAAGUAAAACAGUUGAUGGAAGAGGCUGUGACACGAAAGUUUGUGCACGAGGAGAGCGGCGGUGUGACUGCGUUGUGCGGCGCGGUGGAGGCUUGCCUCGGACAAGGGCUACGGAGACGCGCUCUAGGACUGUUCAAAACCAGCUCUACUACCGCACUACUACAUAAGAUUGCUAAGCAUUGUCCGGAAGCGGCGUUGGUGUCGGCGCGCGUGCUGUCGGCGGAGGGUGCGCCGGCGACCCGCUCCGCGUCCGGGGUGGAGCGCCGCCCUUCCGCGCCUCGCCCUCCCCUCAAUAAGCGUGGCUCGGGGUCCUUGCUGUCGCAGACGCCGACUCAAUCACGUUAUCUCUGGAUACGUAUCGCUCUCUUCGAAAGGCAGUUGGCGAAGAUAAUAGAACACUUAGUGAACAACGCGACGAGGUACUAUGAGAGGGACGCAUUGGUCGCCGAUCCGGAUUACGGCAGUAUACUGAGUUCAUUAUUGGUAGGGCCUUGCGCACUAGAAUAUUCCAAAGCGAAGGCCCCUGCUUGUUUCUGGACAGAUCCACCCGCUGAUGAAUUGGUACAAAGGCAUCGUAUGUCCGCCGGCACAACAACGCCACCUUCAGUGCGACGCCCAAUACUUAACUUUAGAAGAAGUUUGAAUGCGUCUUCGGACGAUACUAGUGGGUCUAGUGCAGCUACAGGUAGUGCGACAGGAUCGAGUGCUAAAGACUACGUGGAAAGUUUACAUCAAAAUUCUCGAGCGACAUUGUUAUAUGGGAAAAAUAAUGUCCGAGUCCAACCAAAAGACGUGGAAGAACCAAUGCCCGGGUAUUUGAGUUUGCAUCAAACGGCAGCUGGUCUUGUUAUUAAGUGGACGCCUAAUCAACUUAUGAACGGUUAUGCGGAAAGUGAAGGGGUGGAUAAAAGCUACCGUUGGCACCUAGUGCACACGUCCGCUUGCCAACACACGUGCAUUCUGUGCAGCGUGGCCGACAUGUGCAGCGUGUAUAGACGCCGCUGCGCCGGCCCACUCUGUAUAGACUGCGUGUACUGGGCAAUGUCACUCCAAGUGUGCGUAUGGGAGGUAGUCUACGUACACGUGCACCGAGCACGCGCUAGUGACGCUCUCAUACUGGUCGGACAAGAUGGCGUCCAGCGACCACCGAUACAUUUUCCCAAAGGAGGUCAUCUUCUUUCGUUUCUGAGUAAUUUAGAAACUGGUCUUCUUCCCCACGGUCAGUUAGACCCGCCUCUGUGGUCGCAGAGAGGAACUGGCAAGGUUUUUGGUCGUGGUAAAAGUCGACGACGACCGAUGCCGAGUCUCUGUGAGAGUGGGGAGACAGAGGAGACCGAGUGGGAGGACGUGGCUGGGGAUUACGUGUUCCGUAUUGUCAAUAAUGCAAUCGCUGAUAGAGAAGCGAUGCGUCACUCGCUGCUCGAGCGCGCGGUGCAGUCUCCUCCGAGGACGCCGCGUCGUCCGCUCGCCUCCACCUCCACCACUUCAUCGGACUCCUCCACAAUGUCCGUGGACUGUCCGCCCUCAGCCGUCAUCAAUGGACAACCACCCACACCAGCACAGAUUCCACCUAUUGAACAGGCUGCGUCGAUUGAGUUGGUGUGCAGUACGAUGCGGCGUCAGAUAAUUUCGCGUGCGUUUUACGGCUGGCUCGCGUAUUGCAGACAUUUGUCUACAGUACGGACGCAUCUCAGUGGAUUAGUUCAUCCUAAUAUCAUUUCUACAGAAGGGGCUGAGUCAGGUCUGACGGAGGAGAUAUGGGCGUCGCUGCGGGACGCGGCGGGCGCGGUGCACGCGCGCGACGAGGUGCAGCGCCUCGUGUACUGCGGCGGCGUGCAGCAGAACAUACGCCGCGAAGUCUGGCCCUAUCUGCUGGGAUAUUACGAAUUUGGUUCAACAACAGAGCAAAGGAACGAACAAGACGCGGCUUGCAGACGUCAAUAUGAGACCACGAUGUCAGAGUGGCUUUGUGUUGAAGCCAUCGUGAAGCAACGCGACAGAGAAGCCACUGCUGCCUCUAUAGCGCGGCUCACAGAGGCUGCUGGAAGAGCCACUGAAGCGGUGGAAGUCGGAGAAGUAUUCGAAGAUGACUGCAGUGUCAUAUCGGAUAAUCCGCCAAUAGUAUCCCCGGAACCGAGUGAAAGGGAACAACAGAAACCGGACAGCAAGCCAGUGCUAUCUCGAGCACCGAGUAUAGACGAAGUUGAAAAUAUUGAAAUGGAUUCAGAAGAGAAAGGAAGGAACGAUAGCAAAGUUAACGGAGAGACUGAUGGUACCAGUGAUAGUAAAGAGCACGUAGAUGUAGACAGUUUAAAUGAUAUCGACGACGAUGAAGUGUACAUUAAGAGUGUCGUUGAAAAUCCUGACAUGCGACGGGAAAGUAUAGCUGAAAUAAAGAGGCUGGCAGAGGGAAUUGUUCAGAAAGGUGAUGGGCGAGGACUGUUAUGCAGCGUGGAUAGUGGCAAUAUGACGAUGAAUGGUAACGACUUCAAGCCGGUAGAGGAGAGCCAGCCGCCGCAGCAGAAGCACGCCAGUGUGAUAAUCACCAAUCCCUCCGUGGAUUUAGCUGCAUCUGGAUCACCUGUAUCUGGAGGAACAACAGCAAAUGUGAGUCCUGCUCGAAGUCCUUUGGGUGUAGUUCGCGAGGAAUCUCAGUCUGCGGGAGCGUCUUUCGACACUCUGGAGCCGAGCGGCGACGCGCGGCCGGACAACAGAUCUAAUUGCGUAUCACCAGCUAGUUCUAAUGGCGGAGUUUACUCAAAUGAGUUGGUGGAAAGCUUUGCUUUGAAUUUACACAGAAUAGAAAAGGACGUACAGAGGUGCGAUAGAAAUUACCCAUUUUUCACCGACGAGAAUUUAGAUAAAUUGAGAAAUAUAAUGUGCACCUACGUGUGGGAGCACCUGGAGACGGGCUACAUGCAGGGCAUGUGCGACCUGGCCGCGCCGCUGCUCGUCACCAUGCGCGAGGAGGCCAUCGCACACGCGCUCUUCGCCCGCCUCAUGCGCCGCGCCAAGGACAACUUCCCCACCGGACAGGCGAUGGACGCGCACUUCGCAGAUAUGAGAUCGUUGAUCCAGAUCCUGGACUGCGAGUUGUACGAGCUGAUGCACGCGCACGGCGACUACACACACUUCUACUUCUGCUACCGCUGGUUCCUGCUCGACUUCAAGCGGGAACUUCUCUACCAAGAUGUGUUCGCGGCGUGGGAGCUGAUCUGGGCGGCGCGGCACGCGGCCUCCGAGCACAUGGUGCUGUUCAUAGCGCUGGCGCUGCUCGAGACCUACCGUGACGUCAUCCUCGCCAACUCCAUGGACUUCACUGACAUCAUCAAGUUCUUUAACGAAAUGGCGGAACGUCACGACGCAUCCGCGGUACUCUCGCUAGCGAGAGACUUAGUCCUACAAGUACAAACACUAAUAGAGAACAAAUAAAUACUAUAUCCUUAUAUUAAGAAUAGACAUUUAUAACUUGACGAAUAACGAAUCGUAUGGGAGAUAUUUGUUGUACGAGUAACAAUUUAAUUCCCUGUUAGCUAAUUAUUCCUUCAAUUUAGGAAUACCCACCGUUUGCAUUGUCUAUAUAUUUAGUUAUAUUUAGACAUAGUCGUAAACCGACCAACAAAGUCUCAGUUAUUGCCGGUUAAUUGCCAGUUUUAUCGAUAUUGGCGCCCUGGGCGAGACUUGUACUAGGCCCUAUUUUUAGUAUUUUAUGGUUGGUGGAGUUUAACGGGCUUAUGUAGCUUAGCUUUGGAGACCUGUGAUGCCCUUUUCAUCGCCCUGGGCGGCCGCUUAGCAACCACCCUAAUGGUUCUCAUUGAUAUGUGGUGUAAAUGUUUGGAUAGUGCAAACUCUGUAUAAAACAUUCAUAAACAAAUGGCAAGACACACAAAUGGUAAUAUACACAACAUCUUUGUAUAUAGAAUGCUUUAGACUUAUUGCUCUAAAAUUUUUAGAAACUAGACUCUUGUACACACAAUAGUUUUCUAAAAUCUGAAGUACAUAAUACGCCUGUUUUAGUCGAAAGGAAUAAACGAAUAAAAUACUGCAUUAAAAAUCCUUUUAUAAUUAUAACUAAAACUAUAUUAUAUUGUUAUAAAAAAUCGAAUAAU